AUGGCAAAUAUUCCAGAGUAUGUCGACUGGUCGUCACAGAGUAUCCUGUUCAGCAGGGCGGACCAUCCGAUGACCAUCCCAAAGCCAGGUGUUGUGGGAGACGCCCUCCACCAGGACGAGGCCGAUCCUUUGCAGGUUGGGGCACCCGGAAACAACGUCGCUCCGGAUCUGCAAGAAGCAGUCGGAGACAGCGACACUCCGGGACAAGAGGAAGCCGGAAACCCUGAGGAAUCAAUCCUCGGUAACCUGAGCUCAAAUUCCGACGAUGCCUCCUCAAUAGGCACAGAAGAAUACAAUCGUUUGACGAAAGAGCUCGAGAUCGGGGAAGAAGCUGACGGCGCCUCAUCCAUGAAUACAGAAGAAUUCAACCGCAAGCUCGAGGAACUCGGAGGCGGUGAGCAAGCUGACGUAGAAUCCGCCCAGCCAAUGCAGGUUCUAGCAACCGUAGCACCGCUGGAUCAGCAGGAAACGGAAGACGAAGACUCCAACUCCGACCCAGGACCAUCCAACGUAAGGUCUCCACUAGAUCGGGCACGACCACGAAAGGAUGUCCUGUCACCAGAAGAGAUGGUCGAGCAAGCACGCAUGGAUUUAGUCGCGCAGUCUGAUAUUCUCAACAAACCAAUAACUCCCGAGGAAGCCGCAGAUCCGGAGGCUUUAGAAGCCAAAAGACAGGAGAUGCUGGCAACAGCUCAGAAGUUUGCCAAGACCACUGCCGCAAUGCUGGAAGAAAGAACCAUAGCUGUGAACUUCGUGGACCACUUUCAGAAGAAGGAUCGCGAGGUCGAUGAAUCUCUUGAAAAGGUCAGGCAACUCGAGAAGCACUGGGAGGCCAAGCUCGAAGCCCUUGAAGAAAGUGAACUCGGAACUCUCCUCCGGGUUCCUUCCACCGGCAACACGAAUCCGGAAGCUGCAUCAGAUGCGGAAGCUCGCGAUGCUCCACGCCCCGCUAAGAGGAAAAGAGCUGCUCCCUCCAGCCCCUCAGCCAAACGCGCCCGCGACGUACUCAGCAUCGCGGCUACUCGCAAGGCGGAGGCGGAGAAAAAGCGCCUCAAGCUUAUUGAUACCAGCAACCGAGCCCAAUCGGACAUCCAUCAGUUCUUCAGGCCUUCCGGAAGUUCCGAGAGCCAGCCCCCCAAGGCCCCUAAAGCCCCCAAGAAGAAAAGCAAGCCAUCUCCGGCUACCAUACCAGUUACAACAGAAGUCGAAGUUCCACCCAAGGCUACCUCAACAGCCCAGCCGGAUCCUAAGGACGUCAUCAAUGUUGACGACAUCCCUGAAGAUCCGGCCGCGGAAACUGCGCAAGGUGAUUCCGGCAAAGGUGCCUCCUCAUCUGCUCCUCCGCCUGAGCAACCCACCGGUACUUCCGCCGAGCCAACGGCCGAGCAGUACGAACAGAAGGUGCAGCUGAUCCGUGCUACUGGCGCGUCCAAAACUCCGUCACUGCAGAAGCUCCCCCUUUCUCAACGUCACGCGGAAAUUUCAGCCAUGAUGGAGAAAGUAUGGGGACCUGCGGAUACAGAGAUGAAAGAACUCUCCGACCUUGAAAGCGAACUCAAGGUCUUUUUUGCUAAGCAUAAGGAGGUGCGCCAGAGCACGCGGAAGCUGCACGAAGAUCUGCGCGUUCAUGUGCUAGAGCAGAUGACGGAAAUAGAAGGGCUGCGGCAGAAUGCUGAAAGUAGCCGUCAAGCUGUGCUCCGCCUGGAAGCCCGACUGAAGGAAGAAACUGACAAGCGCCCCACCAUCGACGCCUUAUCCGCCAAGAUCCAAGUUUUGGAAGCGGAGAAUGAAUCUCUGAAGAACUUCUUGAAAGAAACCUCCGAGAAGGAAACGAAAGAAAAGAAGGAUCUCUCCGAGAAACAUGCCCGCGAGAUGGCGGAACUGGCCGACAAACUCAAGAAGAGCCAUCAAAGGGUGACCACCCUAGCGGCCAAGAACAAGAGCCAGGAGGCAGAGGCGGAGGCUAUUGACAAGCUGAUCUUCCCAAGCCUAGGCUUUGAAUGGACCAAAGAGUCAACCCUCCCCCGAACUGAGGCAUAUGAUGAAGCGCGGACCUCCAUCGUUAAUCUCGUCGAAGCAUGCCGCGGAAUCGCCAAGUCCCUUAGCCUGAAGAAAGCCAAGACAACGGUGAUUGACCGUAUGACGAAGCUCAUGCAGAACGUGCCGGAACUCAUCAAAGAUUGGCAAGAAUCUUCUUCUCGCGGAGUCGCUGCCCUCGUGCUAGCCACCUGCAAGGCGCACUUUCCGACCAUGAAGUUUGCAGAUCUUGCACGCGGAGUCCACAAGGAUACCGUCAUGAGACAACACCUCUCGGAGGCCAUGGGAUUUGAUCGCCUUUUUGCUGGUCGAGUUAAUCACUUGUUCUGGUACAACAAGUAUGAUCUUCCCAAAGGCUUUUCCGAUCCGGAGGAAGAGGAAGAAGCUGCAGAGGAGGGCGAUGAGGAAGGCUCCGGGUCAAGCGCUGACCAUGACGAGGAAGAUUCCGACCUCGAUGACGGCGGCUCAGAUGGGGGUUCAGACGAUGGCUCCGCGUACGUGGCUUCUGACGAAGAACAGUCCUCCGAGAACCUGUGA